UAAUUCGUUUACAUCAGUAUCAAUCCACAUGCUGUAUGUAGCAGCAAGUGUGGCAAGGAGUAAACUUUAAAAUAAAACUAAUAGAAUUAUUGUUGUGAAUACGGUCAAGAAAUAAAUCAAUUAUCAUGACUAUCAUAACAAUUUUAAGACACAAGUUCAAUUUGAACAUUGUGUCACAGGUGCAUUCGCACGUUUUCAAGAAUUCCCGCUUUUCGUCAAAUUUCGCGAAACAUGCCGAGCAUAAAGAGUUAGAUAAAAUUAGGAACAUUGGUAUAUCUGCUCAUAUUGAUUCUGGAAAAACUACGUUGACUGAACGUAUAUUAUUUUACACUGGCAGAAUUUCUGAAAUGCACGAGGUGAAAGGUAAAGAUAAUGUUGGAGCAACUAUGGAUAGCAUGGAAUUGGAAAGGCAAAGAGGCAUUACCAUUCAGUCAGCUGCAACUUAUACACUGUGGAAAGAUUAUAAUAUCAAUAUCAUUGAUACACCUGGUCAUGUAGAUUUUACAGUAGAGGUAGAAAGAGCUCUGAGAGUCUUGGAUGGAGCUGUACUUGUAUUAUGUGCUGUAGGAGGUGUUCAGUCUCAAACGAUGACUGUAAAUAGACAAAUGAAAAGGUAUAAUGUACCUUGCCUAGCAUUUAUUAACAAACUGGAUAGGUUAGGUGCAAAUCAUAAGAGAGUAAUCAAUCAGAUGCGUGGUAAACUGAACCAUAAUGCUGCAUUUAUACAGCUACCCAUUGGUUUAGAGAAUAAUUGUAAAGGGAUAGUAGAUAUUGUUUCUCAAAAAGCACUGUAUUUUGAGGGAAACUAUGGUGAAGUUGUAAGAGAAGAUGAAAUUCCAGCUGAUAUGAGAGCAGAGGUAAACAAUGCUAAACGAGAAUUAAUCGAACAUUUGAGCAAUGUCGAUGACAAUUUGGGCGAAAAGUAUUUAAAUGAAGUCCAGAUACUUGAAAAUGAUAUCAAAGAUGCUAUCAGAAGAAGUUGUAUAAAAAGAACUUUCACACCCGUUCUAGUCGGAACUGCAUUAAAGAAUAAAGGUGUUCAACCAUUGUUGGAUGCCGUUUUAGACUAUUUACCAAAUCCUGCCGAAGUCGACAAUUAUGCAUUUGAGGGAAAAAGGGACGAGACGGUUAAAAUCCUCUUAAAAUCUGAAAGGAACAGCAAGAACCCAUUUGUCGGAUUAGCAUUUAAAUUGGAAGCUGGUAGGUUUGGUCAGCUAACUUAUUUCCGUUCUUAUCAAGGGAUGUUGAACAAGUCAGAUACUUUAUACAACACGAGAACGCGUAGAAAGGUUCGAGUACAAAGAUUAGUACGGCUUCACGCGAAUCAAAUGGAAGAUGUAGAAAAAGUUUAUGCCGGAGACAUUUUCGCUGUGUUCGGUAUAGAUUGCGCAUCAGGAGACACGUUUGUCAGCGUUCCUAAUUCUGAAUUAUCAAUGGAGUCUAUUUACGUACCUGACGCCGUAGUAUCCAUGUCCGUCCAACCGAAGAACUCAAAAGACAGAGACAGCUUUGCGAAAGGUAUGGCAAGAUUUACCAAAGAGGAUCCGACCUUCAGAUUCGAGUUCGAUGUAGACAACAAGGAAUCCGUUGUCUCGGGAAUGGGGGAGUUACACCUGGAGAUCUAUGGGCAAAGAUUAGAACGAGAAUAUAAUUGCCCCAUUAUCCUUGGAAAGCCGAAGGUUUCUUUCCGUGAGAUACUACGCGAACCUUAUGAAUUUGACUAUCUCCAUAAGAAACAGUCUGGUGGUGCUGGCCAGUUUGCCCGUGUCAUUGGAAUAGUAGAGCCACUUCCACCAGAUCAAAACACUAAAGUGGAGUUCAGGGAUGAAACAGUAGGAACAAACGUACCUAAACAAUUUAUUCCCGGUGUGCAGAAGGGGUUCAUGCACAUGUGUGAACAUGGACAACUAUCUGGACACAAAGUGUCGGGUAUUAGAUUCAGAUUAAUCGAUGGUGAGCAUCACUGUGUUGAUUCCUCCGAGUUCGCAUUCAUCUUAGCUACCGAAGGUGCGAUGAAGGACGCGUUUCGAGAAGGAUCCUGGCAGCUACUGGAACCGAUUAUGACGGUAGAAGUGUCUGCCCCAAUGGAGUUUCAGGGUGCAAUCGUAGCUCAAAUAACCAAACGAAGUGGCAUAGUGCUCAACACCGACGCGUCCGAAGGAUGGUUCACUGUAGUCGCUGAAGUAGCGUUGAACGAUAUGUUCGGCUACUCCGGAGAAUUGAGAUCAUCCACGCAAGGAAAGGGAGAAUUUACCAUGGAAUAUUGCAGAUACAAACCUUGUUUGCCAAACGUGGAACAACGAAUAAUAAGAGAUUAUCAGAUAGCAAACAAUAUUGUAGUUGCCGAGGUGAAAAAUUAAUGAACAUACACAUUCAAGUAGAAUUAGAAAUCAAAUCGACUUUGUAUGAUGUACAAUUAUGCGACAUGACUGAAUGUAAUUUGUAAAUAUAGGUAUACUUGUAAUAUACAUUAUCAAAUUCGAUGUAAAUCUCAUACACAUCUCUAACCGGAGCUGGAUCUCCGUUCAUUACAAAAUUGACUACCAAAAUAUAGAUGAAUCAUUAAUUUUA